AUGGCCACGGUGGGCAAGAUCAGCUUCACCGUCAGGAGCCUGUUGGAUUUACCGGAGCCCGAGGACGACGACGGCGCCAAGGAACAGGACUCCGCCGAGAGCUACGGCGGCUCCCCGUACCGGGAAUGGAUGGAAACCGACAGGAACCACUACCUCUCUUCGGACGAGAGCGGCCCUGAGAGCAGAUCGUGCCCCGCCGCGGCGGCCGCGGCCCAGGAGGAAGAGAAGGAGGAGAAGAGGAAGAAGCGGCGGGUGCUCUUCUCCAAGGCGCAGACGCUGGCGCUGGAGCGACGCUUCCGACAGCAGCGCUACCUGUCGGCGCCCGAGCGGGAGCAGCUGGCCCAGGUGCUGCGCCUGACGCCCACCCAGGUCAAGAUCUGGUUCCAGAACCACCGCUACAAGAUGAAGCGGGGCGCCAAGGGAGGCGGCGGCGGCGGCGGCCGGGCGGGGCCGGGCGAGGCGCCGCUGCUGCGCAGGGUGGUGGUGCCGGUGCUGGUGCGGGACGGCAAGGCGUGCCAAGGCUGCAGCGGCCCGGCGGCGGCGGCGGCGGCGCAGGACUGCGGCGGGCCCCACAGCUCUCUCAGCCUGCAGGGCUACUCGGCCUUCCCGCCGGCCGCCUCCCUGAGCCUCUUCCCGGCCUACCAGCACUUAGCGCCGCCGGCCCUGGUCUCCUGGAACUGGGGGUGA